CAUCACUUAGGAUUUCUAGUUUCUCUUAGCCACACAAAAAUUCUUCACAAAGAUGGGUCUGAAACAUGUUCUAGUUCUGCCAUUUCCAGCACAAGGCCAUGUGAACCCUCUAAUACACUUAUCACACAAACUAGUUCAACAUGGCUGCAAAGUUACCUUUGUCAACUCUGACUUCAACCACAAGAGAGUCCUUAAUGCAAUCAAGAAUCUUGAAGGUUCAAAAAUGGAACUAGUGUCAAUCCCUGAUGGGCUAGGACCUGAAGAAGAUAGAAAUGACUCUGGUAGUUUGAUUUCAGCAACGCUGAGAACCAUGCCUAGUGCUCUUGAGAAGCUCAUAAGAGACAUUAAUUCCAUGGAUGGUGGGAAUAACAGAAUUACUUGCAUAGUUUGUGACACAUAUGUGUCAUGGGCCUUGGAAAUUGGACAAAAGCUUGGAAUCAAAGGUGCUGUUUUCACACCUACAUCAGCAGCUACUGUUGCCUUGGUCAAUAACUUCCCAAAACUCAUUGAAGAAGGAAUUAUAGACCCUGAUGAUGGAUUCCCUAUUAGGAAAGGGAGAUUUCAGUUAUCUCCAGAAAUGCCUAAUAUGAACAUAGCUUGUUUGCCUUGGUCUUGCAUUGGUGACUUAGCUUUGCAAAAGCUUGUAUAUCAUUACCUUAUUAAGACUUUAAAAUGGUCACAUUUAACAACUUGGUGGCUUUCCAACACAACCAAUGAACUUGAACAUGGAGCCUUAUCCUUAUGUCCAAAUAUCCUACCAAUAGGACCAUUCUUGAAGGAGACUAGUGCAGAUGUUAGAUCAUUAGGACAAUUUUGGGAAGAAGACUUUUCUUGUUUGAAUUGGCUCAAUCAACAACCACCAUGUUCUGUUAUAUAUGUUGCAUUUGGUAGCAUCACUGUUUUUGACCCGACCCAAUUCAAAGAACUAGCACUUGGACUUGAACUUACUAAUAGACCUUUUUUAUGGGUUGUGCGUGAAGAUUUCAAUAAUAGUGUUACAAAUCAUAAGUACCCUGAUGAAUUUAAAUGCACUAAGGGUAAAAUUGUCAAAUGGGCACCCCAACAAAUGGUGCUAAAACACCCUGCUAUAGCUUGUUUUAUUAGUCAUUGUGGUUGGAAUUCCACUAUAGAUGGUGUGUCCAAUGGUGUACCUUUUUUGUGCUGGCCAUAUUUUGCUGAUCAAUUAGUAGACAAAACUUACAUUUGUGAUGUUUGGAAGGUGGGUUUGGGAUUUGAUGAAGAUGAGAAAGGGAUUAUAUCACGUUGGGAGAUAAACAAGAAAGUGGAACAACUCUUUGGAGAUGAAGAUAUUAAGGGAAGGUCGAAGAAAUUGAAGGAUAUGAUUAUGAAUAACACUGCAAAAGAUGGCAAAUCUACACAGAACUUGAACAAGUUUGUGGAGUGGCUCAAUGAAUAAAGAAUGAGAAUAUUCUUCUUGUACUUGUGAAAUUUUUUGUGUCUCCUGGUUCAAAAUUGACACAUCUAUGAUCAAGAUACUUAGAAUUCAAUGUGUUCCAUUUUUCUUUUUAUCUUUAGAGUAAAUAAGUUUUUUA